GUUUUUUGAAAAGUACUGUCAGUAGUGUCAGAUUAGUUUCAUAAAUUUCAUUAUUGUAUUUAUAUUCCAAUUAUAGUAUUGUAAAGUGAAGCAGUGCAACAAUAACUAUGUCGGGGCUGUCCGAUAAUGAAGAUUUUGGUGAUGAGAAUGCAUGUCCAAAUACGAAUCAUGUAUCGCAACCCAAUGCUAGCAGCACUGUAAUUCCUUUAAAGAAACUGGUUUUACCUGCAGAAUUCUUGACAUAUGUAGGGGAAGUGCCUGGCAAAAAUGUCAGUCUAUAUCGUUGUUUAUAUCCUGGCUGCGUCCCAAAAAAGAAAAGGGAUGGUUCUGAAAAACCACUUGUGGUGCCUCAUUCUUCUCGAUACAAUGCCAAAAGGCAUUUCUUGAAUCAUGAUUCCAAUAAGGAGCUUGGACAUCUUAAACUUUGGGAAGAUGCUGUAAAACAUCUGGAUAAUCCAACAAGCCUCAAUAACACACCUAUUUCAGUAAAUAGACGUGCGAUAAUUACACAAGAAGAUCUUGAUAAAUUUCCUCGUUGUUGACGUCUUACCAAUUUAUACCGUCGAGAAACCUGGUUUCAAACAACUAGUUAAUAGUAUGGCCCCGAAUCUAGUUUUACACGGACGAACGUUUUUUACAAACAGACUGGAGACUAUAUACAAUGAAAGAAGGUUACAGCUGAUUGAUGCUCUUAGCAAAUCUACAGAUGCAGCAACGACUAUAGACGCAUGGACUAGUAGAAGGAAAUCGUAUCUCGGUGAGACGAUUCAUUGGUUUGACGUUCAAUCCUUAAAACGAAGAAGUCCCUGUCUUGCCAUACGACGGAUCAAAGGGCGCCAUACGUAUGACGUGCUGACAAAAAUGAUUGAAGAUCUCCACAAGGAAUAUGAAGUUGUUGACAAGCUGCGAGGGGCAACAACUGACAACGGUUCAAAUUUUUUAAAGGCGUUUCGGGAGAGUGGGAAUGCAUCUGAUGUGCCCAAUUAUGAUGAUGAUGACUUUGAACAAUCUGACGAAGAAGACAUGUUAUACUUCGAAAUUGGUGAAAUUAUUGACGAUAGAAUCACACAAGACUUUUUCGCUAACAAUGUGAAUCCCACUCUACCUAUGCACCGAAAAUGUGCCUGUCAUCUGCUGAGUUUGAUAGCGAAGGCUGAUAUAUCAAAGAUUCAAGAUCACACAUUUCAAGAAUCGAGAAAUUCGACGCUUGUAAAAAUUCAACUGUUGCUGAAUAAACAAACAUUAAGUUCCCUGAA